UUGAAUGAAGUUCUUACAUUUUGUCACUAUUGAGAUUUCCAAAUACAGGAUUUGAUAUCUUAGUCAUUAGUGAUGUCUUAAAAUAUCUAUAGAGCGUUUAAUGAGACUUGUGUUUUCUCAAGUACUUUGUCAUUUGUACACAAAUGUAUAACAAUAUCCAUCGAAAGCAAGUGUUUUCCUCCCAAGCGGGUGAAAAUGUUGGAGGAGGAGGAGGAGGUAGUGGGGGACGCAACAAGACCACUGUGGGAGACCGACUUUUUAUCAGUGCUUUACAGAAAUAUUCACAUGUCAGAACAGAAAAGGAUCUGGAUGUCAUCUUUUCCUAUCUGCAUGGGAUGGAGGCUCUGUCCUCUCUGCGAGAGCCUGCCCUACGAGCCUUGUGUCGUACAGUCCGCUAUGAGUGUCAUGAUGCAAACGACAUUUUAUACUGCCGAGAAGAGUUGAGCACAUGUUGGUAUAUUCUACUUUCCGGAUCUGUGUUUAUCGAGGGUUCCAUGUUCCUUCCAAGGAGCAGUUUUGGUAAACGGACGCCAGGAUGUACCCGCCGGACAAGCGAGUGCCUCAUUCUGGAGCCUUCAGAGAUGAUAGUGAUUGACUAUCCUGAUGUGCAGGUUAUGAAAAGUGGUCAGCGACAGGCAUGUAACAGUGUGAAUAUUGACCGCUACAUUGAUGACCAUUAUGAAGGCCGCAUGCGCAGAAUGCAUUCCGACGGUAGUGUAGAGCCGUUUCCUCAAGACUGCAGCCUGCGGGCCGGGGAGCAGUUAUACUUAAGAAAUGAACAGUUUAAGCGAUGUUCGCGAGCCAGUGACACCUCCAGUGCUUACUCAGGUUCGGACAUGAUGCAGUCAUCCAUUGAUGACCAGGAGAAUGUAGAUGCAGACUUGUCAGGACUCCAGGAGAGCAAUGUGGAUCUGGACUCGGAUGAAGAGGAAGGCUAUCCAGAAUCAGAGUUGCUGCGAGAUGCCGUCCAGGAAUGUCUACAAAAGGAUCCUACUGAUAGAACGGAGGAUGAUAUCGGAACUCUCCUCGAGUUUAUACAACAUUUUAGAGCGUUCGCCAACAUGACGCUGCCAAUCCGACGUGCCCUCUGUUCCGUGAUGGUGUUUGCUGUGGUGGAGAAACAAGGGCAGAUUGUGAUGAACCAUGGUGAGGAACUUGACUCCUGGUCGGUCAUUCUCAAUGGUCAGGUGGAAAUUGACUUCCCAAAUGGUGCUGUAGAAUUCCUACACAUGGGAGACUGUUUUGGUAUAACACCGACCAUGGAGAAGCUCUACCACCAAGGGGUAAUGAAGACGGUGUGCGAUGACUGUCAGUUUGUUUGUGUGGCCCAACAGGAGUAUUACAAAAUUCUACACCAGGGGGAGGAGAACACCCGAAGACACGAGGAGGAAGGAAAUAUUGUCCUGGUGACAGAACAUCGAGUCUUUGACGGAGGGAAUCGACGUGGCCACAUUGUGAUCAGGGGGACAGCGGAGCGUCUGAUGCAGCACCUUGUAGAAGAUCAUUCGGUGGUUGAUCCCACGUAUGUCGAAGACUUCCUGUUGUGCUAUCGUAUGUUUCUGAAAGACCCUACAGAACUCUCCACAUGCCUUAGACAAUGGUUUGAAGAUCCUGUGCUGCGACCAAAAGUGACCAGGGUUGUGCUCCUUUGGGUCAACAAUCAUUUUAUUGACUUUGAAAUGGAUGCAUGCAUGUGUGAGUUCCUAGAAAGUUUUGAAAAGCUCCUUGGAAGGGAGAAAAUGACUGGCCAAUCACGGCUACUCAACAUAGCAUGUGCGGCCAAGGCCCGCCCUCGUACGGUGACACUAACACGGGCCACACGGGAGGAGGUGCUUCAUUUCUCUGUCUUAGGGGGCCAAGAAAGGGGAUUUGGUAUCUUCAUCUCAAAGGUGGAGAUGGCAUCUAAAGCUUAUGAGGCUGGCCUCAAAAGGGGUGACCAGAUUUUAGAAGUAAAUGGCAGCAACUUCCAAUCUAUAUCCCACAACAAGGCCUUAGACACCCUUAGAGGGACAACCCACCUGUCUGUCACAGUCAAAUAUAAUUUACUAGAAUUUAAAGAAAUGUUGCUGGCAGCAGAGCGAUCUAGUAAAUCAGAAAAGCAGGAGGUGAGUGGUCAGUUGAGUAAACGACAGUCUGCGCCAAACCUGGAAGACUUAGCUUCACCACUCAUUAAAUCUAAAGGCAAUAAAAAGCAAGAGAAAAAGGACAGAUCAUGGUUUAACACUCUUGGGCGGAAAAAUAUUAUAAAGAAAUUCCUUCCUCGUGGCGCUGGUGUGUCUAGCAUGGAUGACGGAGAAAGCAUGAACAAGUCGGAUGAGAGCCUGUAUUCUGGUCCACUACGACAGAUAUCAACAACGUCGUCCUCUUCCCUAUCACCAGGAAUGAGUUCACAUUUAAGUGCCAGUAAUCCUGACUUAUCCUCAUUAACAGUAGAAGAUGUGAAACAGGACAUCCCAGACCAUGUGGUCAAAGUCUACAGGGCUGACCAGUCAUUCAAAUUUCUUCCAAUUCAUAAGGAGACUACUGCAAGAGAAGUUGUCAUGUUAGCGUUACAGGAGUUUGGUAUAACUGAUCCCAGUAGUAAUUACUCUCUGUGUGAAGUUACAGUCGAAAAUGAAAGUUUGGUAAAACAAAAACGCUUGCAAGACCAGCUGGGAAAUUUACCAGAAAGACAGAAUCUCAACGGAAGGCGUACUGUUCCCUGUGUACUCAGGUAUUAUCUCAAAAACAUCAUGAACACUGAGACGCUCGUUCCCGAUGAACUGCGAUCCGACCUUAUAAAGGAGGCUCACAUCAGCCUCCUCCAGCUCAACACAACAGAGGUGGCCUCUCAGAUCACUCUCGAGGACUUCAAAGUGUUUAAGGACAUUGAGUCAUCAGAGUAUGUUGACAACCUUCUUGAACUCAAGUCAAAGUAUGGCUGUCCAAACCUUAAGAAAUUUGAAGAUCUGGUUAACAAGGAAAUGUUCUGGGUUGUUACUGAGGUGUGCAGCGAGUCCAACAUCGUUAGGCGGGCGAAGCUCAUUAAACAUUUUAUCAAAAUAGCACGACAUUGUAAAGACUGUAAAAACUUCAACACAAUGUUUGCUGUCGUGAGUGGUUUGAAUCAUUCGUGUGUGGACAGGCUCCGCAACACGUGGGAAAAAGUACACAGCAAAUAUACCAAAAUGUACAAUGACCUGAAAGACUUAAUGGAUCCCUCCAGGAACAUGUGUAAAUAUAGGAAUUUAAUAAGUAGUGAUAACUGUCAGCCUCCGAUGUUGCCAUUUUUCCCUGUUGUGAAAAAGGACCUUACGUUUAUCCACUUGGCUAAUGACUCAUAUGUGGACUCGCUCGUCAACUUUGAGAAAGUCCGAAUGAUCGCCAAGGAAGUACGCCAUAUAUGUAACAUGGCAUCAGCUAAAUAUAAUGUAAGUACAAUGUUCCUGGGGACAAGCACAAUGUAUGAGAACUCCUGGAUCUCUGGAAUGGCCACAAUGAAACGAGUGAAGAACCGUCGUGGGUCUGCGGUUCCAAACGCAAAGAAAAUGUAUGAGGAGGCUCAGAUGGUGCGUCGGGUCAAGUCAUACCUUAGCAACAUGAAGGUCAUUACAGACGAGGAGAAGCUCAAAGAGAUGUCACACCAAUGUGAAGCUCCACCACUUAAGAAGACGGAUGCAGCGGCUAGUGCAAUAACAGCGUCUAUGGCGAAUCUGAUGGAACCUCCCAAGAAUGUAGCUAGUGGACCAAAGUUUGGGUCUAUGGGUUCUGGCGAGUCAGCAAGCCCAACAGGCAGCACCCAUAGCUCACACCAGCAUUACGAGUCAGAUUCUAGUCGUCACAGUAUGUCGUCCAACUACGAUACUCAGAGUACCAACUCUGCCAGCUCAAACAACUCACCUCCACAGCCAAGGAAGUUCUCCCAUCCCUCUCAUCCCUCUCAUCCGCCACAGACAGGGCCAACACCCCUGUCUGUCCCUCACCAUCACCACCAUCCUACGCCUCCAAACCCUCAGCCUCCGGGGGUCAGACCCCCACUGCCGACGUAUGAUGUUGUCAUGCAAAACUCUCCAGCCUAUAGCCAAUAUAUUCACCACACGUACACAAACGUAAGACGUCCACCUCUCCCUGACUACCGCUCUGCUACGCAAAUGGCGCAGUAUGCCCGCCAGAAGCACACGUGGCAAUUGGAACGAACACGCUCGCAUGAUGGUGUUGUGGGCUACCAACAGAACGGCGAGAUCUCGUCGGGUGAUAGACAUUACAGCUCGUCAAUGGAUGCUUUUAGCCCAUCAGCAUGGCCAGGUGAUCAACUAGACUCAUAAAUCUCAGAUGCUGAAGAAGAGCAAGUGUCUGCUGUAUGAUAGGCAGAUGCGUUCUUGAACUAUCACACACUGGUCAGCUGAAGGUCAAGCCUGGACAUCAGUGUUCUGCGGCUGUGAGCCAGUGGUCAGCAUGGACGAAGUGCAAUAUGAGGAACAAGUUUUGUCUGAUAUCUGUGAUAAUGUGUACAUGGAAGGAGGGCAGUCGUCACUCGUGGGGGAAAAUGUCUCCCAUCUUGUGGAGUCCGGUGGAUCCUAUGUGCUGCAUCAUCAUAUUUAAAUGUCAUUCAUGGUGUUAUAAAGCACAUAAUAAUAAAAGUCUCCUGGGAAUCUCACGGUAUAGCAUUGUUGCCUGGAGAUUUCAUAUUUCAUCAAUUGGCAGCAUGCAACCUUCACUUUCUGCUGCUUGUGGAUUUGAUGGAGUUAGACAUGUGGUGAGCAGUACGGUCUCGUGGAAUAAUCAUUUACUUGAUCAAGAAAGGUUCCAGACUGUCACAUUAAUACAUUAUAAUAUACAUCUAUCAAGGCAUGAUUUUCUAGUCGGCUUCUGUAAUAGUCAUCGUUGGAAAUAUGACAAUUUCUUGCAGAUUUAUAAAAUCUUAUGUACAUGAUGGAGUCCGUGCUUAUGUCAUGUCAGAUCUUUUUAUGGCGGGCGGUCAAUUCAUCAUUGUCAUCCUGAUCAUGACUUGUCAUCAUUACCAGGCAGUCUGGAGAUAUAGUUGGUGCGAAUCUCAUUGAAUGCCUAUGGAUUAUCAGCAUGACCAGUGGAUUGGUUCUGGGAUAUUACUUAUGGUUUAGACAUAAAUGGUCCCGUGACCAUACGACAUGGUUAUUGACUGUGAUACCGAAUCUCCAUUAUAUUUUAAACUAUAGUGCAAUUUUUCAGGAGAGAGGUGACAAUGAUUUGGUCUGUUGUGAUGUGAAAGACAGGUGCAUUGUGGUUCACUUCAAACUUCACCUGGUGAAGAAACUCUAAUUUGAAAGUGUUGCCAUCCAGCGAUGUGAUUAUACACGUAUGGAUAUCAUAUCUAGACCAAGAAACUGAGACGAUUGACCUCCGCCGUGUGACUAAUUGACACUGCGAUGAACAAUCAGCAGCCAGUACUGUAUAAAUACAUACAGAGUGUAAGACACUCUCUCUGUAAGGCCAGUGAUAUUGUGUUUACGCUGGGGAUUUGUUUAUACAGUGUAGCCAAUUUCUGAUAUUGUCAGGUUAUUCAAUGUGACAUUAGACGACAGUGCCAAGGUUAUGGGUCACAAGGAUGCAGUCUUUCUGUUUGAAUAUGACCCCAGAACCUAUACAACAAGUAGUGCUACAUCUGAGAGAGGACAUCUCUCCUCUUUUAUACUCUGUAAAUCUAUGCAUUUGGUGCCAUUUCAUUUGGUUUUGUUGUUGUUGAUGUUAUUGAGAAUUAGCACGGAGAGCUUCCUUAUUUAUACUGCGUCUGUUAUUCAAGCCUCAAGCUCUGUGUUGAUGUAAUUAGCAAAAUUAAUGAGACAUUAAGAAAAAAAUAAGUUUAAUAAUUGAAAUAUUAAGAAAAAAAAAUUAUCUUUUUUUCCCUACACAGCAGUUAUUGAUUAUUUAGAAAUUAUUUCAUGUAUUUGUGCAUGGUUUCAAAAUGACAGCUAUCUUAUUCAUUAGAAGAAUUACGAAACACUUCAUGUGUAUUAAUUAAGUUAAUUAUGGUGGACAUAGUUAAACCAGACUGGAGAGAUCAUCUUUCCCCUGCCACAUUUUCAUUCUAUUUAUUUCCUUCAUUCGCCCAUAUGAUGUACGUUAUCAACUCCUGUAUAGAUCAUACACCAGGUUGAAAUAUGUCUCUUAUGUUCCAUGGAAUUCUGUGUUGCCGGCAGACAUUUCAAGUAUUUCGAUAAAAAUAAUAUGUAAAAAAAAGUGUUUAGACUGCUUUUGCUUUGAACAAAUAUCCAUUUAAAAAUUGACUAUUUUUCUGAAUUAAUCAGAAAUGAUACCCCUCUACCCAAAAUGAAAUGACAGUUUGUAUUGAACAUUUACGUUACACAGAAAAUAUAUACAACAUUAUUUUUCCCUUUAUUUCUAACGUAAUUUAUUUUCUUCUGUUGUAUUUUUUUUUAUAUUAGGUUUGUAACAAGAUAUCGACUAGAAAUCUAGGAAGAUUUGAAAUUUUUCCAGAAAAAAAAAAAUCUAUGGGGAGCUGUUAACUUUUUAAUACUAGGUUAUUUUGAAACAUGUGUAUAGGUAGUAAUAUUUUAGGAUUCUACUGCAAACUGAAAAUUUGAAUUAGGGUAGAUAUAUAUAUUUAAAGCCUAUUAACUGUAACCCUAAAAUGGGUAUUUUUUAUUUAGCUGAUCUGAAUUUUUUUUUUUUUUGAAAAACUGGACACUAAAAACUAUUUUGUCACAACUUUAAUGCUAAUGUAUUGAUAGAUAUACUUCCAACAGAUGUCUGGUAAGUAAAAUUAUCAAUAUCUGUUUUAGAUUUUGAUUAGGCGACAGAACAAGAUAAAAGACUUUAACAAUUAUUGUUUGACACUGUUUACAGGGCCACAGUUAACAUGGGGAGGUUGCUGGCAGGAGUCAAGUAUUUGUAUAUUCAGGAUAAGUUAUCGAUUAAAAAUUUUCUGGACAGAUAUUUUCUGUAUGUUAUAAGAGAUAUUGAGCCUAUGUAGAAUAUAAAGACUUGAUAGUGUUAAGUUAUUGAAGUGUAUACCGGAGGUUAUCAGUUAAGUAUUCUUGCCCUGUGUUGUGUUAUGUUAUGGGUCUGAUUUCAUUAGACAGUUUUCAGUUUGUAAAAAAAAAAAAAAAAUUAUUACAUAAUUAUCACACAAAAGGUAGUAUAUCCAGCUAUAUCAGCUUUCGACUCACAGCAAGUCGACCAGAGAUUUUUGGAAGAAGUUCAAUUCAGGAAUACCGAAAUGACACUUUAAAGAUUGUGUUACAAGCAAUUGAAUAAUAUUAGGUGCCUGAAACAUUAAUUGCACUCAAUGA